GUCUGCGACUGGCGGAGUGGAGGAAGGGGAAGUAAUACGUUAAAGGAAGCAAAUGUAAUAAGGAAGAGUUGCCAAUGCAGACAACAAUCGCAAGAACACGGAACAACUGCGUGUGAAAUCCUCCUUUCUAGAACAUGUCCAUCCUUGGCUUUGCAGACUCCAACUCUCCCAACGCAAUCCCCUAAAGAAAAGAAAACAAGCGGGCGUCUUGCAAACACAAAGAUGAUAUCCGCCGACCGGUAGACAAACUCAGAGAACAAUAACCGUAGAAAAUGGAUGGCUGAAGCCAGGCCGCCGUGCGAUCCUCUCUCCUUCGCUCGCCUCUCUCCCCACCCCUCUCUCGAAGCGCCGCCAAAGAGAAUAGACGCAGGGACGAAGAACAGCCAGAGCAAGGAGACCCGAGAAAAGGAAGAAAAUGUCAUGUGCCAUGCCUCAUCCCCGACCCCCGCCGCGCCGGCGCCAUCCCAAGCGCAUACCCACCACCAUCACCACCUGCAGCAGCAGCAGCAGCAGCAGCAGCAGCAGCAGGAGCAGCACUCUCUUCCACCCCCGGCCCCGACCCCGGCCCACGCCCCGUAGAACGCGCAGGCGAGCGCGGACGCCAAUGCGCCUGCGCCCGCGACGAAGCCCGCCCGCCACGAUGCUGUCGCCACCGACCCGCCUCGUCAGGCGGACUUCCCCGCCGCGGCGUCGUUCCUCCUCCUCCGCCUCCUUCUCUUCCUCCUCCUCCUGCUCUUCUUUCACCUCUCUCUCCUCCCCCUCCCCCUCCCCUUUCCCCCGCCCACCCAGCCACCCCCGACCCGUACCCCUCCCCCGCCGCGCGCGGCAGUCCCGCAGCAGCAGAGGGCUCGCCGCCGUACGGCGCGGACGGGCGCGGACUCGUCGGCCCGCUGCCUCCUCCUCCUCCUCCACCACUACCUCCUCCAGCAGCACCAGCAGUAGCAGCAGCAGUAGCGCUGCGAGUGUGGUGGUACAGCCCGUGCGCAGCACCG